AGAAAUAAAAAAAGAUCUAGUGCUUUUGCAUUGUUAGCACAUGCUCUAAGACGGGCCUGAUUAUUUUGUGCGAUCUUUUGGCCGGACCUAGCGGGACGAGCUUGACAGAGAGAUACGUGUUAUAUAUUUGUAAAGGAAGCAAAAAGGGUCUGGCUUUUAAUUUUUCUUUGUUGGGAUGGGACUUUGUUGGGGAUCUCCAUCUGAUUCUCCUCCAACAGCAACACCUACCUCUACUGGUAACAUCAGUUCAGUAGGGACUUUUAAGUCAUCAAACAACACGACGACUACAGGAACAUCAAGGGGAAGUAACAUAUCUAGCAAUAGUGGGUUCUCUGUGGCAAGUGGUGAAGAUGCUUAUCCCGAUGGUCAGAUACUUCCCAUUCCGAAUUUGAGGAUAUUCAGCUUAGCAGAACUUAGAGCUGCAACAAGGAAUUUCAGGUCUGAGAAUGUUCUUGGAGAGGGAGGAUUUGGGAAAGUCUUUAAGGGCUGGCUUGAAGACAAGACGGCUGGGAAACACAGUAAUCGAACUGUGAUUGCUGUUAAGAAACUGAAUGCAGAAAGCUUCCAAGGAUUCGAGGAAUGGCAAUGUGAAGUGAAUUUUCUUGGGAGGGUUUCUCAUCCAAACCUCGUGAAACUGUUGGGAUAUUGCUUGGAAGGUGAAGAAUUGCUUCUUGUGUAUGAGUAUAUGCAAAAAGGGAGCUUAGAGAAUCAUCUCUUCCGAAAGGGCUCUUCCGUUCAGCCGCUCUCAUGGGAGAUAAGGCUUAAGAUCGCAAUAGGAGCAGCUAAAGGCUUAGCAUUCUUGCACGCUUCAGAAAAGCAAGUAAUUUAUCGAGACUUCAAAGCGUCAAACAUUCUACUUGAUGGGUCAUAUAACGCAAAGAUAUCGGAUUUUGGAUUGGCGAAAUUAGGUCCUUCCGCGAGUCAAUCUCACAUCACAACACGGGUUAUGGGUACACACGGUUAUGCAGCUCCAGAGUAUGUUGCUACAGGUCACUUGUAUGUAAAGAGUGAUGUUUACGGGUUUGGCGUUGUUUUGGCUGAGAUCUUAACUGGUUUACAUGCGCUUGAUCCUACCCGUCCUACCGGGCAACACAAUCUAACCGAAUGGAUCAAACCUCAUCUAUCCGAAAGAAGAAAGCUAAGGAGCAUAAUGGACCCUCGUCUAGAAGGAAAAUUCCCUUUCAAAUCCGCUUUCCGAGUCGCUCAACUUGCUCUGAAAUGCCUUGGACCAGAACCCAAAAACCGUCCAUCGAUGAAAGAAGUGGUAGAAUCGCUCGAACUCAUAGAAGCUGCCAAUGAGAAACCGUUAGAACGAAGAACCACUAGAGCUUCCCCAUCCCUACAAGCUUUGUCUUCAAAGAUUAAGCAAGCUUCCGUUAAUGGAAAAUGGCGGGAAGUGGUUUCUGGGUAUUCCGAGAUACAGAGAGCUGGAAUUCAAUUUAACGAUCCUUUUGUUUUCCCCAUUGUUUUUAAAGCUUGUGCUAAGCUCUCAUGGCUGUUUCAAGGUAGAUGUAUCCAAGCGAGUCUGUUAAAGAGAGGCUUUGAGUCUUAUGUUUCUGUGGGGAAUUCGAUUGCUGAUUUCUAUAUGAAAUGUGGAGACUUGUGUUCUGGGUUACGAGCAUUUGAUGGUAUGAGUUCGAGAGAUUCUGUGUCUUGGAAUGUUAUCGUUUUUGGGCUUCUCGAUCAUGGUUUUGAAGAAAAAGGGUUAUGGUGGUUUUCGAAGUUAAGAGUUUGGGGUUUUGAGCCUAAUGUUUCAACAUUGGUUCUUGUGAUUCAUGCGUGUCGUAGUUUAUGGUUUGAUGGAGAGAAGAUUCAUGGCUAUGUGAUCCGUAGUGGGUUUUUGGGGAUUUCGUCUGUUCAAAAUUCGAUCUUGUGUAUGUACUCAGAGUGUGAUUCUAUAAGUGCACGUAGACUGUUCGACGAAAUGUCUGACAGAGAUGUUAUUUCGUGGAGUGUUGUUAUCAGAAGUUAUGUGCAAAGCAAGGAACCUGUUUUGGGAUUGGAGGUGUUUAAAGAGAUGGUUCGCGAGGCGAAAACAGAGCCUGAUUGUGUAACUGUAACAAGUGUUCUCAAGGCUUGUGCGGUUUUGGAGGACAUUGAUGUGGGAAGAUCAGUUCAUGGGUUUUCGAUACGGAGAGGUUUUGAUUUGGCUGAUGUGUUUGUGCGUAAUUCACUCAUUGAUAUGUAUUCCAAAGGAUUUGAUGUUGAUUCAGCAUUUAGAGUAUUUGAUGAGACGACUUGUCGAAACAUUGUUUCAUGGAAUUCGAUUUUGGCUGGGUUUGUACACAAUCAAAUGUACGAUGAGGCUCUUGAGAUGGUUCGUUUGAUGAAAAAAGAGGCGAUUGAAGCGGAUGGAGUUACUCUCGUGAGUCUUCUCCAGGUUUGUAAGUUCUUUGAGCAGCCAUUGCCCUGCAAGUCAAUACAUGGUGUAAUAAUCCGGCGUGCAUACGAGUCAAACGAAGUGGCAUUGAGUUCUUUGAUUGAUGCAUAUACAAGCUGCAGUCUUGUUGAUGAUGCAAGAAUCGUGCUUGAUUCGAUGACAUACAAGGAUGUGGUGUCAUGUAGCACAAUGAUCUCUGGAUUAGCCCGUGCUGGCCGACCCGAUGAAGCAAUCUCAAUCUUCUGUCAGAUGAGGGAUAAGCCCAACACAAUCACCGUCAUAAGUCUUCUUAGCGCAUGCUCAGUUUCAGCAGUCUUGAGAACUUCCAAAUGGGCACAUGGAAUUGCUAUCCGGAGAGGCUUAGCCAUCAAUGACAUCUCAGUUGAUACCUCUAUUGUUGACGCAUACGCAAAAUGUGGUGCCAUAGAUGUUGCAAGAAGGACAUUUGAUCAAAUCACUGAGAAAAACAUCGUCUCUUGGACCGUGAUCAUUUCAGCAUAUGCUAUUAACGGUUUACCGGAUAAAGCAUUAACAUCGUUCGAUGAAAUGAAACAAAAAGGUUACACACCAAAUGCUGUGACAUAUCUGGCAGUUUUAUCAGCUUGCAAUCAUGGAGGAUUGGUAAAGAAAGGUCUCAUGAUCUUCAAAUCAAUGGUAGAAGAAGAUCAAAAACCUUCAUUGCAUCAUUACUCUUGCAUUGUAGAUAUGCUUAGCCGAGCUGGAGAGAUUGAUACCGCGAUGGAACUAAUAAAGAACCUUCCAGAAGACGUCAAAGCCGGGGCUAGUGCUUGGGGAGCGAUUCUUAGCGGUUGCAGAAACCGUUUAAGAAGUGGGAUCAUUACCUCAGAGGUAGUAGCGGAGGUUCUUGAACUCGAGCCAUUGUGUUCUUCAGGUUAUUUGCUUGCAUCAAGCGCCUUUGCUGCAGAGAAAUCAUGGGUCGAUGUAGCGAUGAUGAGAAGGUUGGUGAAGGAGAGAAAGGUUCGAGUCGUUGCGGGUUAUAGCAUGGUUCUUGAAGGAAGCAUGGCUAGAAAGUUUUUGGCUGGAGACAAGUUAAACCAGAAUGAUUCUGAGUUAAACGAUGUCGUUCAGAGUCUUCACAGAUGCAUGAGGUUAGACGAUACGGAUCCGAAAUUAGAAAUGGGUGGAGAGGGAGAUUCGAGUCAGCCGCAGACUGGAGAAGGAGAAGCUGUGGCCGUGAACAUCAGGUGCUCGAAUGGCACGAAAUUUAGUGUGAAGUCGAGUCUCGAUUCGACGGUGGAGUCUUUCAAAGAGUUGGUGGCUCAGAGCAGCGAUGUUCCAGCUAAUCAGCAGCGCUUGAUUUAUAAGGGUCGGAUCCUCAAAGACGAUCAGACUCUCCUCAGCUAUGGUUUGCAGGCUGAUCACACAAUUCAUAUGGUUCGAGGCUCUGCACCUUCUUCAGCACCACCUUCUGCUCCGGCUGCGAAUGCUGGAAACCAAACCACUGCACCUAGUGUUACUCGAGGGGUUGGUUCAGAUAAUAGCUCGAAUCUAGGAGGAGUGAGUCCUGGGGAAUCUUUGUUCCCUGGGCUUGGAUUUAAUCCUUUGGGUGGUGGAAAUGCUAUGGCUGGGUUAUUUGGAGCUGGUCUUCCGGAUCUUGAGCAGGCACAGCAACAACUAGCUCAAAACCCUAAUAUGAUUAGAGAUAUGAUGAAUACACCUGCCAUCCAGAAUCUUAUGAACAACCCAGAAUUUAUGAGGAGUAUGAUUAUGAGUAACCCUCAAAUGCGUGAGCUUGUAGAUCGCAAUCCUGAACUUGGUCAUGUGCUCAAUGACCCAAGCAUCCUUCGGCAAACUUUAGAGGCAGCGAGAAACCCAGAGCUUAUGCGUGAAAUGAUGCGGAAUACCGAUAGGGCGAUGAGUAAUAUUGAGUCUAUGCCUGAGGGAUUUAACAUGCUUAGGCGUAUGUAUGAAAAUGUCCAAGAACCGUUCUUGAAUGCUACUACUAUGUCAGGGAAUGCUGGAAACAAUACAAGCUCCAAUCCGUUUGCUGCUCUCCUGGGAAACCAGGGGGUUACUACUCAAGGAAGUGAUGCUUCUAAUAACUCUUCCACAACAAAUACGGGAACGGGAACUAUUCCGAAUGCAAAUCCACUUCCUAACCCUUGGGGUGCUACGGGUGGCCAGACAACUGCCCCUGGAAGGACAAAUGCUGCUGGGGAUGCGAGAAGCCCUGGACUUGGUGGCCUUGGUGGUCUUGGGGGUCUUGGAGGCCUCGGUGGACUUGGUAUGCUUGGAGCGGAUUCACCUCUUGGUGCCACUCCAGAUGCUUCUCAAUUGAGCCAGUUAUUGCAAAACCCAGCCAUGUCGCAGAUGAUGCAAAGCGUAUUUUCCAAUCCACAAUACAUGAAUCAGCUUAUGAAUCUUAACCCACAACUCCGAAGCAUGCUAGAUUCGAAUCCUCAGUUGAGGGAAAUGAUGCAGAAUCCAGAUUUCCUUCGUCAGUUUAGUUCUCCGGAGAUGAUGCAGCAAAUGAUGACUCUACAGCAAUCACUUUUAUCUCAGAAUAGAAACACAGCCAGCCAGGAUGCGGGGCAAACUGGUGCUGCCACAGGGACGAACAAUAACGGGGGGCUGGAUUUAUUGAUGAAUAUGUUUGGCGGUCUUGGUGCUGGCGGCCUGAGUGGCACAAACCAACCCAAUGUACCUCCUGAGGAGCGAUACGCUACUCAAUUGCAACAGUUACAGGAAAUGGGAUUCUACGACAGAGCAGAGAACAUAAGAGCAUUGCUUGCAACCAAUGGUAACGUUAAUGCUGCUGUAGAACGACUCUUGGGGAGUAUCGGACAGUAGCAUACAGGUUGGUGAACUGAGGUUUCUCCAUCUGGCUUCUCAGUUAUAGAAUAAACAGCUUGAAUGUGUGUUUUCAGUAAUGAAUAUUCAUGGAAUUC